CUUGGCUGCUGUGGGCUGGGCCGUUAGACCUGCAGGAGCACUGGGAGAGCGGGUGUGAUUGUCUGGGGCCGCUGGCCGCCCGCGCUUUCCCUUCGGGCAGUCUGUAAUGAUUGGUUCACUUACCUCUGAUGUCAGAAUGGACCCCAUAUAGCCUACAGGAAAGGAGCAGUAGGCAAAAUAGGAUAAAACCUCAAGGUUCCAAAAGACCUGGUCCGCUGAGGAAGAUGGGCACUUGACGGCUACUGCUUGAGAUGGGAAGCAGGAUUAUAUUUACAAGGAUUGAGGCUCUCUGCAAGCCAUGGAAUGAGUAACACUGCCCUAAAGACUUGCCAACAUUUGAGGAUCUUUUAAAAAAUUCCUUUUGGUGACAGGGAGUUGAGCCUACCUUCUCUUUCUUGUGCUUGAGAUCAAGACUUACGCAGACCUCUGGACCACAGGAGUCUAAAAUAGUCUCUGCACAUAUGAAUGGUCAAGCAUUAAUGACUUGCAAUUUCAAAGCUCCGUGGCUACAAGCCAACAUGGUUGGUAGCCCUGUGGGCAUGAGAAUCUAGAGCCUCCACCCCAGCUUGGAGGGACUGAGCACUCACAAAAGGGAAUGUUACGGUGGACGGUGCACUUAGAAGGUGGGCCCCGGAGAGUAAACCACGCUGCUGUGGCUGUUGGACACAAAGUCUACUCUUUUGGCGGCUACUGUUCUGGUGAAGACUAUGAGACUCUGCGACAGAUUGAUGUUCAUGUGUUUAAUGCAGUCUCUCUACGUUGGACCAAGCUGCCACCAGUGUGGACCAAUAGCAGGGACCAUGUGAGGGAAGUUCCCUACAUGAGAUAUGGACACUCUGCAGUGCUCAUUGAUGACACCAUCUACAUCUGGGGAGGCCGCAAUGAUACUGAGGGAGCCUGCAAUGUACUAUAUGCCUUUGACGUCAGCACACAUAAAUGGUUCACACCGAAAGUGUCUGGAAUGGUACCAGGAGCAAGGGAUGGACAUUCUGCUUGUGUCUUGGGAAGAAGCAUGUAUAUCUUUGGCGGAUACGAGCAACUGGCAGACUGUUUUUCCAAUGACAUUCACAAACUGGAUACCAGCAACAUGAUGUGGAGUCUGAUAACUACUAAGGGCACCCCAGCUCGUUGGAGGGACUUCCACUCAGCCACAAUCAUUGGGACAAAGAUGUAUGUGUUUGGGGGAAGAGCAGACCGCUUUGGGCCAUUCCACUCCAACAAUGAGAUCUACUGUAACCGAAUCAAAGUGUUCGACACAGACACAAACUCUUGGCUGGACUCCCCUCCCACUCCACUCCUCCCCGAAGGCAGAAGGAGUCACUCAGCAUUCGGCUACAAUGGAGAAUUGUAUAUAUUUGGUGGCUACAAUGCGCGUCUCAACAGACACUUCCAUGAUCUUUGGAAAUUUGAUCCAGUUUCUUUUACCUGGAAGAAAAUCGAUCCUAAAGGGAAAGGGCCAUGUCCUCGCCGCAGGCAAUGCUGCUGUAGAGUAGGAGACAAGAUCAUCCUGUUUGGAGGCACCAGCCCAUCCCCAGAGGAAGGCAUGGGAGAUGAGUUUGACCUGAUGGAUCACUCAGACCUGUACAUCUUGGACUUCAGUCCCAACUUAAAAACACUGUGUAAACUAGCAGUGAUUCAGUACAACCUGGACCAGUCCUGUCUCCCUCAUGAUAUCAGAUGGGAACUGACAGCAAUGACAACCAACAGUAAUAUCAGCCGGCCUAUCUUCUCAUCCCAUGGAUAAUCUGGUCUCUUGCUCUCCCUCCCUGCCACCCUCAGUCCCCUGCCUUGCAGAUGUCAUCUACUGUCUCCUUUGCUGUGCAUGAAUGUUUAGCCUGUUCAGGAAACUUACCAAAAGGGAUUUCUUUACUGCCUUGCCCAAGGAGAGCUCCUCUUGCCUAUCCUGUUGCUGCAUCUGUCCCACCUAUAACUUUGCCUGGACCUUGGCCUAAAGGCAGCGUGCACACAGAAUCAGAUGGCAUACUCCAAGGAGAAGGAAGAUGGGUGUGUUUUUACGCUUUUACCCGGGUGUGUGGAAGCUACAGCUUUACUUUCAUCUGCUGCUGUAGUACAAUUUGAAUGAAUGGCAACUAAAGGAAGGGGGAACAUAUCUCAGGACUAACUGAUGUAAGACCAGGAUAUGCUUCAUAUCCUAUAGGAUUAAAGACAAAAACUCUUCAAGGUUCAGCUUCUCUACAUCCCCAGCCAUUUCGAGUGCCUGGCUCUUCUCCGUUAAACCAAGGGAUGAACUGUGUGCCCUGAGCCAUUUUGUCUGCUUUGUGUGGGCACAGAGAAGCAUGCCUGGUCUUACACAUUUCAGAGCUUGACUAGGUUUGCCCCUCCCAGUGGGCAUUCAAAGGAACUUCAUAUGAUAUUCAAGCACUCACUGCUUCUACAGUAUUACAGAUUUCUGCAUGGUCAGAGUCGUCACUAGGCAAAAAAGGAGACAAUGACUCUUGGCUGCGCAGUGAGUGACCAUCCAACAUUGUAUAAGACUGAGUAAAAUAGACUCUUUUCUGUGCCUGUUGCAGGAGGGGGUCAGUGCAGGAGCAGAAAUGCAGCUGCCCAGUUUGAUGUGUAAAAGCAGCAGCUUUGAAUUUAUAAACAAUCCUGGAGGAAAAAGCCAAAUUGGUGGUUUUGUGUCAGUACUUUUCAUGUCCGGAGGAGCCAUGAGUGGUGGACUUAUAUAGGAGGCUGUGGGCAUACAGGCAGGAGGCCACAGCACUGAACUGGUAUAAUGCGUAAGAUGGCAGGCCUCAGUUAAAAUCUUGCCUCAUUCAAGCCACUAUUUUUAGCCAUUUGAAACAUGGGGAUGAUACUUUCCUGCCUUACAGGGAUGAUGUAAUUGCCAGAUGUAUGAUUAAGUAAAUGCUGAGUAUUAUUAAA